ACACGUGUUUAGAUGAUGAACUUGUGUUUUUCUCGCACGGAGCCCCCAGGGGUGGGGGGCCACAGCUAUUGUCUUCAAAAACACCCUCCCACCAUGUCGGACGAGGAAGUUGAGCACGUCGAGGAAGAGUACGAGGAGGAAGAAGAGGCCCAGGAGGAAGCGCCCCCUCCACCUGCAGAAGUCCAUGAAGUCCAUGAGGAAGCCCAUGAAGUUCAUGAAGUUCAUGAAGUUCAUGAACCAGAGGAAGUCCAAGAAGAUGCAGAGGAGGAGGAGGAGGAAGAGGAGAAGCCGAGACCCAGACUCACUGCUCCUAAGAUCCCAGAAGGGGAGAAAGUAGACUUCGAUGACAUCCAGAAGAAGCGUCAGAACAAAGACCUCAUGGAGCUGCAGGCGCUCAUUGACAGCCACUUCGAGGCGCGGAAGAAGGAGGAGGAGGAGCUGGUCGCACUCAAGGAGAGAAUUGAGAAGCGCCGUGCGGAGAGAGCAGAGCAGCAGAGGAUCCGGGCUGAGAAGGAGCGGGAGCGCCAGAACCGGCUGGCGGAGGAGAAGGCCCGUCGGGAGGAGGAGGAGGCCAAGAGGAGGGCGGAGGACGACCUGAAGAAGAAGAAGGCUCUGUCCUCCAUGGGCGCCAACUACAGCAGCUACCUGGCCAAGGUGCGGCGGCGCGGGGCGCGGGGCGCGGGCUGGGACUCCCUGCACAAGCUGGAGACUGAGAAGUUCGAGUUGGGGGAGAAGCUGAAACGCCAGAAAUACGAUAUCAUCAACCUCAGGAGCCGCAUCGACCAGGCCCAGAAGCACAGCAAGAAGGCCGGGACCACGCCCAAGGGCAAAGUCGGUGGGCGCUGGAAGUAAAGCCGCAGAGACUGCCCCGGGCAGAGACCAUCGGCCGGAGCAGCCCACAUGGCGGUGUCCGGCCCCACCCCCCAGCACCCGAGUCUCUGUCCUCGCUGCCCUCACCCCCUGGGGUCUGUGAAUAAAGCUGGCAGAUCCCCCUCCA